AUGGGUGGGCGUUGGUGGCAAGCGGUGGUGAGGCGCCUGAGUCUCGUGCAGCGAAGCAAGGCGCCCCUGAGGUACAGCAGAGAUCCCUGGCAGGGUGGGCGCGCUGGGGGAGCCAAGGGGGUUGCGGGGGCGGAGGGGUUUGGGGGGACGGGACUGAUGGGCGCACCAGAGGGAGUUGCGUCGGACAGGGGAGGGGGGUGGGGGUCGCUGCUGGGUGUGUGUGCUGCAGGGGCGGCUGGGUGUGCGAUGGUGGAUUUGGGCGUGGAAAAGGGGAAAGAAGCUGCUGGCGUGAUGGCGGAUUGGCUGCUGCUACGGGUGGAGUGUGCUGACGUGGCUGGUCUUAGUGCCAGUAUGGAAUCUGAUGAUAGCGGAUCAUUUGUGAAAAACCCUAAAUUUGGUAACGCUGGUGGGGUAGGUGGGGCAGGUGGUGGGAAUGAGCGCAACGGGAGAAGCAGCAGCAGCAGUGCAAGCGCCAGCAGCAGUGAAAUUGCUGCUACGAGCACCUCAAAUAGCAAGCCCAGCAGCGGCACUAAUUGCAGGAAGCGAGUGGUGGUGCUGGGGUCGGGGUGGGGUGCAGUGAGCUUUUUUAAAGCCAUAGACGCGCAUGGGUACGAUGUGACGCUCAUCUCGCCCCGCAACUUCUUCCUCUUCACGCCGCUGCUGCCAAGUGUCACCACAGGAGUGGUCGAGGGCAGGAGCAUUGCUGAGCCAAUUAGACGCAUCCUGCUGAGGCACGGCAGCUCAGCUCGCUUCCUCGAGGCGGAGUGCAUUGCCAUCGACCCCGCCUCCAAGACCCUCUCCUGCCGCGCCCCUGCCGCCCUGCCCGCUGCCACGCUGCCCGCUCCACUGCCCAUGCCGGCUAUGGCAAGGGUUGGAGGCCAGGAGGAGGGUGAGGGGGAGACGACACGAGGAGGAGCUGAAAGAAAAGGUGGUGGCGCUUCUGGUGGCAAUGGUGGUAGUGGUGGUGGUGGUGGUGCUGCUGCUGCUGCUGCUGCUGCUGCUGCUUCGAGUGGUGGUGAUGCUGUUGAUGGAAGCGUAGCUGCUGCUGGGGAUAACUCUGGCGGUGAGGCGAGGGGAGAAGGUGGGGGCGAGAGUGGCGGCGCCAGGGAGGUUCACUUCACAGUGCCGUACGACAUGCUGGUGGUGGCCGUGGGAGCGGUCCCCAACACGUUUAACGUGCCUGGCGUGCAGCAGCACUGCCACUUCCUCAAGUCACUGGACGAUGCAGAGGCCAUCCGAAACACCCUCAUCGACCGCUUCGAGGCGGCGUCUUUGCCGGGAAUAGAAGCAGAGGAGCAACACCGGCUGUUGCAUGUGGUGGUCGUGGGGGGCGGCCCCACAGGAGUGGAGGUGGCAGCAGCAGUGCACGACAUGGUAGAGGGCGACCUUUACCGUCUUUAUCCCGCCCUCAAAGGAAAGGCGUCUGUGUCUCUGCUGCAGUCAGGCGACCACAUUCUCAACAUGUUUGACUUGCGCAUAUCUGAGUUUGCCGCCCGCAAGUUCCAGCGGGACGGCAUCACUGUUCACACGCACGCGCGCGUCACGGCUGUCACCCCGCGCGCUCUCCAUGUGCGGGAGACGAGCAGCAGGGGGAGCAGCAGCAGCGAUGGCAGUGGGAGUGGAGGGCAUUCUAGUAGCAGCAGUGCAAAGAGCAGCAGUGUGAGCAGCAGCAGUGAGAAGAGCAGCAGUGGGAACAGCAGUGGCAGUACGCAGGGCAGCAGGGAGAGGGAGGUGCCGUAUGGAGUAGUGGUGUGGGCGACAGGCAUCACGGCCCAUCCCCUCGUUGUGCAGCUAAGGGAGCAACUGGGGCAGCACCACAAGCGUGCAUUAGAGGUGGACGAGUGGAUGGCAGUGAGGGGCGCAGAGGCGGGCAGCAUGUGGGCGCUGGGCGACUGUGCUGCCAUUCACCACCGCCCCUUCACUGACGACACAGCGCGCAUGUUCCGAGCCUUUGACACCAACGGGGACGGCUGCCUCUCGCCCUCCGAGACCAAGGCGGCCCUGCGAGCCCUCCAGCAGCGCUACCCGCAUGCUGCCGCUCUGCUCAGGUCACGGGACCGCAUGGCACAGCUCAUUCAGGAUGCAUUGCAUGGGGACAGCAAGGCAGGAGCACCAGCAGGCUCAGCGGUGCGGGGGAACGAGGGGGGCGAGCAGCAGGCGUGCGAGGGCAGGGGCCUGUCUCUAGAGCAGUUUGAGGUAGUGCUGCGGCAGGUGGAGGGGCAGGUGAAGACACUGCCGGCCACAGCACAGGUGGCGGCGCAGCAGGGGCAGUACGUGGCGCGCUGCUUCAACCGCCUGCUGGACCCUGCUCUACCUCCCGAGGGGCCGCCCAAGCUGAGAGGGGAGGGCAGGCAUCUGCUGCAGCCGUUCCGCUAUGUGCAUUUGGGGCAGUUCGCCCCGCUGGGGUCGGAGACCACGGCAGCAGAGCUGCCUGGCGACUGGGUCAGCAUUGGCCGGUCCACUCAGUGGCUCUGGUACUCCGUGUAUGCCAGUAAGCAAGUCAGUGCGAGGACAAGAGCCCUGGUGGUGUUUGAUUGGAUCAAGUCGGCUCUAUUUGGCCGUGAUUCAAGUCGCAUGUGA